UUUGUCUUUUAUUUGUCAUUUCUGUCUCCAAAAGUUGUUUACAAUAUGUGCCGCUUGGUUUGUACUUCCCCUCUCCAACAAUAUUUUGCGUUUUGUCGAGAAUCAAUGCACACGCAUUACGACGUUGGCUGCUUAAAGUGAAGUUUAAGGUGUCUUUUUUGGGGGGGUGGUGUCCGCGUCCUCAAAGGCUUGCUUGCGCGUUUUGGGAGCGACACAAAUUGGCGCUAGACGUGUAUGGCCUUUGGAUAAAAGCUGGAAAGAAAUCAAACGGGAUCAUAAAGGCGGCGUGUUGUGCUUUUUUUUGUUUUUGUGUAAUUAGUCAUCCGUGUCGCCCUGUCUGUAGGACGGGAAGGAAGAGGAGUGUGCACCUUUGCGCAGAGGCAGUCUAGGCGCUGAGAGCCUCCUCUGGGUGCACAAAGGCAGCGGCUCGCAGCGAAACUUCACUCGGCUACACGAACACGAGCCAUAUCCGAAAUCCGAUCCCUUUUCGCCCCCAGAACACACCGCCCAGCAUCCCACGUCCAGGAUUGACAAGGUGAGCGUGCUGGCAGUGAACGUGGCGUGUUGGCACCAUGGUGAAGGCCCAGAAGUCAUCUGGGAGGAAGAGUGCUCACUCUGUCCGACAAGAGGGCGGCGGGGACGCUCUCGGUGAGAGAGAGACAGGCGAGGGGAUGAGAGCAGAAGAUGAGGAUAAAUUGGUGUGUGGAAGUGGAAGGAAGAUCAGGGAGUCUGCUGAGGAAGAAGGUCCGCUCCGUUUGAGCACCCAGCGCUCCUCGCAGUCCAACUCCUCUGAUCACCUCGCCGCUUCCGCUCCAUCCGAGGCGCCGACUACAAACGCGACAGAAACGUUGAUGGAUGUCCAGGCAUCCAAGGGUGACUCCGCUGCUCAGUCCAAGCCCCUGUGGAGGCCCAUCCCCCCUCUGCUGCCAGAGCCCGACAAGGGGGGCGCCCCUGAAACCCGGGAGCAGAGCUGCCAGACUGAGGAUUUGCUGCACCAGAGCACUGCUACCACUCAUAGCGCAGGUCAUUGUGUGGAGCCCGGAGAUGCUCCUCUGCUGCAGCAGCCCCUGCACACAUCCAAGUCUGGAAUCCACCAGAUCAUCGAAUGCUUUCGUUCAGGCACCAGCCAGCUGAGGCACAUGCUGCUGCGGGAGGUGGACACCAUCUUUGAGUGUAAAGUGUGUCGCAGUCUCUUCAGAGGCCUGCCUAACCUCAUCACGCACAAAGAGUACUACUGCUUGACACGGCUGCCCGAGUUUGACGGAGAUGACCGACAGAGUGUGGCUCUUAAGGAUUUGACGGAUAUCAUAUAUCACAGAGGCGACCGACCAGAUUACGUGGUCCGACUGGAGCCCAUCCAGACCACCAGCAAGGCUGUGUACCAGUACCUCACCACGGAGGAGGAGCUGGCUCGCUAUCCAUCACGAGCCCCCAGUGCCAGGGAGAGUCCGGUCGCGUGGGAGCGAGAGUCGAUGGAGAUUGAGGCCGGCCAGCUGGGCGGUCCAGAGAGCCCAGCACAGAGCCACCACAGUCUGGGAAAGAAAAAGCGGGAUGCGGAAGAGGAGGAGGCCAAACAGGAACCACCACAGGCUGAGGACGAGGAAUCCACGAGUGGGGUGGAGGACGUGACAAUAUCCUGCUGCCUGUGCGGUCAGGACUUCAACUCGCGCCGCAGCAUCAGGCGCCACUGCCGCAAAAUGCACCAGACCAAACUGGAGGAGCUCCGGAAGUUCACAGAGACGCGGACCGUACCGACCAGCCUGCUGUCCAUGGUGAAAGGUAGGCCACGAGCUCGGCCUCGGAGCACGCCAGCUGGAAAGUCCUGCCACGUGUGCCACAAAGUCUUUGCCACCAAAACCAACGUACGCCGACACUACGACGAGGUGCACCGCGGCCUGCGGCGGGACGCCGUCACCCCGGCCAUCGCCUCACGACCCGCCCAGACCCUCUCUCUGGAGGCCACCCCCCCCAGGAAGAGCAACAGCGCCUCUCCACCGCGCGGCAGCAGCUCCAAGUCCACCCCCGGCGGCCAAAAUCGCGCAAAGCCUCCGAGUCAACCGUCAACCCCUCUGCAGGCCAACCAGGCGCCAAGUCGCUGCACGCUGUGCAAGAGGAACUACAGCUCCCAGCUCAUGCUGAAGAGACACAUGCGCAUCGUCCACAAGAUCUACAGCGUCAAAAGUAACCGAUCAGCGAACGCAUCUUCAUCCUGCUCCUCCUCUGCAGCGGCAGCAGCGGCAGCAGCAGCAGUCUCCACAAACAGCAGCAUGCAGACUAGCAACAGCAUCCAAGUCAAAGAGGAAGUGGUUGAUCCGUCAGAAGAGGAGGAGGACUUGGACAGUAGUCCGGCGCCAUCUCCCGCCCAAAGCACCGGGUCUAGUAAAAGUGCUGCAGUGGCCCCCACAGCCUUGAAGGUGAAGGAAGAGGAAACCCCGUGGGUCACAAAGGCGCCAGUAAGCAGCGCGUCCACCACAAGCGCCGUCCCCAAAACCAAACUCUCAGUGGGCUUCGACUUCAAGCAGCUCUUCUGCAAGCUGUGCAAGCGCCAGUUCAGCUCCCGCCAGAACCUGUCCAAGCACAUCGAGCUGCACAUGGACGGCAACGACAUCUUCAUCAAGUUCUACCGCUGUCCGCUCUGCCGCUACGAGUCGCGCCGCAAGCGGGACGUCCUGCGCCACGUCACAGUGGUGCACAAGAAGUCCACCUCCUACCUGGCCAAGAUCAUGCCCAAGCUGGAGAGCCGGGCGGUGAAGAGGCUGGCUGAAGCUGUCCUCAACAACACCAACCCCAAGAGAGUGGGCGCCGUCGCCAAGGAGGAAGUGAAUGGACGCCACACCUCCGUUUCCUCCCCGUGUUUGUCGCCUCCUGUCACCCGUAAACAAGACUACUCCGCAAGCGCCUCAUCCUCUUCCGCAGCACCGCCUCCCACCCCCGUCUCCACUCGGAAACAGCAGGAAAUGUCAUCGCCGGCCCCCGCUCCAUCGCCGCCUGUCACCCGCAAGCAAGACAGGCAGCAGCCUCGGCCCGUCAGCCCCCCAAUGACCCGCCGCAGCGACAAGCAUUCGCACCAGCGCAACUCAACCUCCGUCUUGACGCUGCACACGCGCCGUCACGACGCAGAGAGCAGCGCCUCCGCCUCCUCCUCCACUGAAGUCAAGGUGACCAAGAACUUCUCCCUGCACGCCUGCGACCAGUGCGGCCGCGCCUUCGCAAAGAAGGUGUACCUGGAGUCUCACAAGCGGAGCCACCGAAACGCAGAGACGGCGGCGGCCAGCAGGAGGAAAGGAGUCAGCACGCGCUCCAAAUCACUGGUGUGAAGAAGAACAAACCGGUCCACCGGGGGGACAAUGGACGCCAAAACGUUGGAAGGAGGAAUGGAAAGUUAGUGGACAAACAUCGAAGGAAACAACACCACUAUACAGUUUUUGUUGUUUGCAUACGAGCCAAAUAUUGCAUCAAUUUGUCUUGGAAUGAGGCCAGCCAUGACACAAGCUGGCCACCAGAUGGCACUUGCUCUCCACUCAGACUAUUGUGCGUAUUUCUACCCCCUUUGGAUGAAGGGCCAUUUCGCCUUCAUCCCUCCAUUAAAAAGUAUAUAUGAUGGUUUGACCAAAGGCAAGCGAACCCCCCCAAAAGUGUGUGCUUAUUUUUCUUACCGCAGUACUUCUUGUGUUGAAAUCACUCCCUUUUUGCACACCUUCACCAUGUUUAUAUAGCUUUACAUUUAGCGAGAUCAACUGGACUCUUAAUGCUGUCUCUUGUUUUCCAUGAGGACUGCACACGAUCUUAAAGCGUGGUUGCAUGCAGACAUGCACUUUUCACUUUGAAUCCUCGCGCGUGGACGCACUCCGAAGCUUCCGUGAAGAGGAAGAGGGUUUAGCGUGCUGGUAGUCACUGGGCAACACUGGACGACACGGAAGUAGGAACAUGUAAAUAAUGUGCAAAAGAGAAAAGCCAUGAAAUGGAACAAAAGCUGGAAAGUUUAUUUUUAUAUCCUAACAAAGACGUGUUAGUGCAACAAGGGAAGAUAUAUGAGUUGUUAAUAUUAGUUCCAAUGUACGCACCAUAGUUUGUGAUUUCCUUUCAAGGGACGUUUUAGUUCAAGUGUCAAGGAACGCCAGGGACUUUUCUUUUCGUCUUUGUCGCAACCUUUUCAUAAGAAUGUGCAAACAGGCUAAAUAAAAAUGUCAAACUUGAAAAGGGGAGUUUUGUGUGACUUUGUUAUUAAUAACGCCAAAUCCAUCAUAUUUCUUGGUGUCACGCGCAUGCAUUUAAUCUACUCGCCGCCUGCGUUUACAUUUUCUCGCUUGCUGUGUAUAAUUUCCUGCAGGACAAUACAUCUUUGUUUAGCUUACUAAAAAAACAAGCACAUAAUGACUCAGAUAGGAGGACGGCUAUCUUUGGUUUGUGAAAUGAUAUCCAUCAUAAUGUACUGGAACCUGGUUAGCAUCCGCCCCGGGUACCAUGUUUGUGGUUCAAAUUUACGCCACAAUUUUGCGUGCAUUUUCCGGUUAGCAUACAAUAUGGCGCACGUCUUGUGGUUUUAUCAAUGGCACCGUGUGAGACCGACUGUCGUCUUAAUGUAUUCAAAGAAAAAACAUUGUGGGCAUCCUAUUGGCCAGCGAAACAAAAUCGCAACCGGAUGUUGGGUCGCUCGUCUACGACGUCGGCUAACAAAACGUUUUUAUUAGGGAAUCAUCCAUGAGAGAAAUGGGCUGAUACCGCUACCGGUCACAUAGAUUAAGUGUACAUUUUUAAAUAGAAAACCCUAAAACACAUUUAUCUUAACAGCUUAUUUCAACCCAAACAAAGCAAAUAUGUUUUACCAGAAUGUUAACAAUGCGCUAGUAUCCACAACUCAUUUUUGUGUUUCAGAAAAGGGGAACCAUAAACUUUGGACAAAAAUAUAUUGACUUGCUUUUUCAAAAUUACUGUUGAAACUCUUGACGGAUCAAACGCCUUCUUUAAGGAGACUUCGGAUGCAAGAGCGGCUUGAUGACGCUCCAGCAGGACCCAAAACAAUUGUAAAUGCAUGU